UGCGAUGUAGCUAGUGCAAUUUUGUUUUUUGUUUUAACAGUUUGGCUGAUUGUUCCGUUAGUUGCGCAAAAGUGGGAUUUUAGAUGUUCAAUUGUAUAAAAAUUAAAACAGCUAACGGGACGUGUUAUUUUUUUAUAAUUAAUAUUGUUUCUUAAUUAAGAACGAGAAGAUGGAAAAGUCUUCACCGGCAAGUGUAACGGAAGUACUACAAGAAACACCAGCUGUAAAUACAGAUUAUGGUGCAGAAAAAAAAAUAAACAACGAUGUGGAAUUCAUACCACCAAUGGACGUUGAUGGACCAGGAUUUUUACAGAAAUAUUUGAGAUCCCAGUCACCUAGUGAGCUAUGCGACGCACAAAUGUUUAGUGAGGAUGAAGUUUUCCGCAUAGAUCGAAAUGGCAAAGUAAAAUUUGGCAUUGUCCUUGAAACAGUUGAUACUAAUUCUGGUGGUGAAGAAGAGGAAGAAGAUUAUGAACGAAAUCUUAAUAAAGGGGAAGUUCGUGUUAGUUUCUAUCCAGAAGGCAAACGUGUUAUCUACAGAGAAAAUGCGAUUGGACUAGUCGAUCGCUCGUUUAUGCUUGGUGACAUAGUUCGUAGAUUGGUUAAAGGUAUGGACACACAACGUGGUUAUGUGCAAGAAGUUAAAAUAAAUGCCGAUGUGAAAGUAUGCGGUAGUAAAUAUGUGGUGACAAAUAUAUCAUCUGAGAGAUUGUCAGACUUAACAGACUUAUAUAAUGAAUGUGUAGUGGUGAUGGGUCCAUGGGUCGGUACCGUUAAAGAAGUUGAGGAAAGAGCAGUAUUAAGAUCCACUAGCGGUGUGCGUUUUGAUUUGGAUUCAACUGAAUUUGAUAACUUUAACGAUAACCGUUCUGCAAAUGGUACAGUGUUUAAUACUCAUUUUUUCUAUCCUGGUAAUACAGUUAUUGGUCGCCCACAUCAAAUGUCAAGUGUUAAAUUAUUGCCACCAUUUAAACCAUUACCUUUCGAUAUUAGAGGCAAAGCUAUUAAAGCACAAUAUACAGUUGAGUCACUUUAUGUACAGAGUGCAUGGGUGCAUUGGCAGUGUAGAGCAUUGUCUGAAGAUUCGACUGCUGAAACCACAAAAAUCGAAGAACCAAAAAAUUUUUUCGAUGGUGAAGACUUAAAGCAAAUAAAGCCUUUAAAAUUACCUGAUUUAUUGCGUAUGAAUGAUCUAUUCUUUUUUGAAUUGUUGUCUACGGAUAAAAUUGUAAAAAAAUCUGACUGGGAUCGAGAACAGGCACAAAAAUUUAAAAAAAUAUUCAAGGAACAGCAAAAACGAAAUGAUAAAUGUUUGUAUCAACAUAAAGGUAAUGCUUUAAAGAAAUUAAAGAAGCUACCACAAGCUGAAUCUACAAAUAGAAUUAAGUCUGCAUUCAAAACUAAGUUCCAAAUGCCUUCGCAUCAAAAAAUAUCGAGUAAUGAUUCAGAUGAGGAUGAAGAAGCAGAAAGCGAUAAAGAGGAUGACUCAAGCUGGAUUGAUGAAAGUUCAAGUGCUACUACUUCAGCUACUGUAUCCAAUUCGUCUUUUGACGAGCCAAGAGAUCGUAAACGUACGCGUAAAGUGAAAAUGUUACGAAAGUCUAAAAGAAGUAGUUCAUAUGCAUCAACAGAUAAGUUACAGAAAACGUUUAAAUAUGGAGAAAAAGUAGCCGUCGAAGCACUAGUUAUGCAUAGUAAAAUAACCAUAAUGUGGCAAGAUGGCACGAGAGAAACCGAUAUUCCUUCGACUGAAUUAUAUCAUAUUAAUCAAUUGGACACUCAUGAAUUUUUCCCUGGCGACUAUGUGAUGUAUGAAAAGGAUAGUAACGAUAUGACUUAUCGUGAUUAUGGUGUAAUUCAGUCAGUUGAUCAUUAUGGAAGAACGGCUCGUGUGAAAUGGUUUACAACAUACACCUACAGUGAAGAGCCCAAGCCUACCUAUAACGGUAUAACAGAGGAAAGUGUUUAUGACCUGAAAGAUCAUCCAGAUUUCCAAUAUCGCCCUGGUACAAUUGUCACACGUGUAGACAAUUUCGAUGUUGCGAAUAAUACAAAUGCUGCAGGUCAGAUCAUAAAUACUUGUCAAGAGGGCACUGUAAAGGUUAGAUGGGUAGACGGCAGUAUCACCUCCUGCUGGCCACAAGAUCUGUUUGAAGUUGUAGACCAUGAGCAUGAUGAGUACAGUGAAGCUUCUGAUGAUUCUUGGGAAACUCAAUCGGAAAACAGUGAAUACGGUGAUGAUCUCACUAUUAAAAUGUGUCCAUCGCAUACACUUACAAGCUUAGAAACGGCACGAGUUUCUUUAGCGCGAUUAGAAGAAAUUUUCCAUUUAAGUCCUAAUCUGCAAAGUACUGAAGUUAUGAAGAAACUUAUUCAUGCCUACAAAACCUGUCGUUCCUUAGAUCGUGUAAUGGAUACCAGAUUUUUCCACGAAGAAAACUUUAUGGGGCUCAUUGAACGGGUACGUAAAAGUGGAAGUCAAACUGAAUCAGAGCGCGCAUUAGAACGUAAAAUUCGUCUUUUCGGAGAUAGAACUCCGUCAACAUCUGAUAACACAAUUGAGAAUAAAACUAAAAUGAUGUUUAAUUUAUCGUCAACACCUUUAAAAUGUAAAACAAAAAGUAAUACAAAUGAAAUGUGUCUGCAAACUGCCACUAAAGAAUCUGCUGGGUCAGAUACCAAUGAUCCAAGUGUAACUGUGCCAAAAACAGACAACUACAGCACAAACGCGCAAAAUAACGAAAAAAAUAAUUUGUUGUCAUGUGCUAUAUAUAACAUUGAAAGAGCUUACGAAGAGACAUGUAAACUAAAAUUUAGUAACACUUCAGUUGCAUCUCAGGAUGAUUCUGGUAAUUAUUCUCGGAAUGAAGGUAGUGCUGCUAGCUUAACUGAUACAGUCAAUCCCGAUGGAAUCAACUCCUUUUAUAAAACUACUGAUGAUCCAAUUUCCAUUUCCAACUAUAGCAUUGACAUAACUGACGACGCAGCUUCUGAAUGCGCACGUUUGUGUACUUUACUCAAAGAGCAAUUGCAUAAAUUUGUAGAACAAAUACAAGAGAAGUUUUUCAAUACUCCUAAUAUUCCUGAAGAUAAUUUAUCUGCAUUAAAGGAAUUUGACAGUAAAGAAGAGAUGGAUAGCUCAAAAUCCGAUGAUGAAAAAGAAGUCAUUACAAGAUUGAAACCUUCUGGUGUUCUACAAAGCUUUAAGUUAUAUGCUCAUGCACCAAAGUCACACAAAUUUUAUUUGACCGUUUUUAGUCCCAUCAAUGCCCAGUCUUAUUUUAAAGCGGUUCAGCGUGAGCAUCGGAUGUUGCGAAGUUCGUUGCCGCCAGGAGUUUAUAUAAGGGUAUUUGAAGACCGUUUGGAUUUAUUAAGUGCCAUGAUUGAAGGUCCCAAAAAUACUCCAUAUGAGAACGGACUUUUCUUUUUUGAUUUUCAACUCGGACGUGAUUAUCCCCGUAACCCCCCGACUUGCCACUACAUUAGUUACUGUACGGAUCGCUUAAAUCCUAAUUUAUAUGAAGGUGGAAAAGUUUGUGUUUCAUUAUUGGGUACAUGGUCCGGACGUAAUACGGAGAUUUGGGGCGUAAACAGUACACUACUGCAAGUGCUUGUUUCAAUACAAGGCUUAAUACUCGUAAACGAACCUUAUUAUAACGAAGCCGGUUAUGAAAAGCAUAAAGAAACUCAACAGGGACAUGAAAAUUCCCGUAUGUACAACGAAAUGGCCACUAUUAAGUUGGUCCAAGCGACUAGCAAAUUGUUGGCACAACCUAGCGAACUAUUUCGCCAAGAAGUUUGUGAUUAUUAUAGUGUUAAUGGUCGACGAUUUUAUAACCGAAUUAAAGGUUACAUUCAAUUAAGCAAUGAUAUGACUGCAAAAACACCAACCGGCUUUAGAUCUUUAGGCGAUACAGUUAGCAUUUUACCAGAUUUUCCACUUGUACCUGCCAGUCGUGGAUUUUGUCUAGCCGUCAAAGGUCUGUUGGAUCAUCUGGAUACUCAAUUACGUUUCUUGUACGAUGACAACACCAUCAACAAACCCGAAUUAAGUUUUGGAUUCAUCAACACAGAGGAACAAAUACCGUUAGAUUAAUUAUUUUUCAAUUACCACAAGUCCUUUAAUCUAUGCUGCAGUUUAAUUAACGUUUAAUUUUUAAACGUUCCCAAUAUUAUA